AUGACUAGAACUUCAGUCUUAGCAGAUGCUUUAAAUGCCAUUAAUAAUGCCGAAAAAACCGGUAAGAGACAAGUGCUUCUUAGACCAUCAUCAAAAGUUAUUAUCAGAUUUUUGACUGUUAUGCAGAAACACGGUUAUAUUGGAGAGUUUGAAUAUAUCGAUGACCACAGAUCAGGUAAGAUUGUUGUUCAGUUAAAUGGUAGAUUGAACAAAUGUGGUGUUAUCUCACCAAGAUUCAACGUCAAGAUUGGAGAUAUCGAAAGAUGGACUGAUAACUUAUUACCAGCUAGACAAUUCGGUUACGUUAUCUUAACUACUUCGGCUGGUAUCAUGGAUCACGAAGAAGCCAGAAGAAAGCAUGUUUCGGAUCGUUCCCAAGUUUUUGGUGUUGCAAGAAUCUUUGCCUCAUUCAACGAUACAUUUGUACAUGUCACUGAUUUAUCAGGAAAAGAAACCAUUGCCAGAGUUACUGGUGGUAUGAAAGUCAAGGCUGACAGAGACGAAUCUUCUCCAUACGCUGCGAUGUUGGCUGCACAAGAUGUUGCUGCUAAAUGUAAAGAAGUUGGUAUCACUGCCGUUCACAUCAAAUUAAGAGCUACUGGAGGUACCAAGACCAAAACUCCAGGUCCAGGUGGUCAGUCUGCUUUGAGAGCCUUGGCAAGAUCAGGUUUAAGAAUUGGAAGAAUCGAAGAUGUUACACCAGUUCCAUCUGAUUCUACUAGAAGAAAAGGUGGUAGAAGAGGUAGAAGAUUAUAG